CGUGAUGGGAUUUUUCAUUUAAAUUUCAUUAGACACGAAAAAUAAAAACUUGUUCUUUACAUUUUUUUUAAUAAUUUAAUUUUUUUUCUCUUAUAUAAUAAUAAAUAAUAAUCGUAAUAAUCUUUUUUUAUUUAUUUUUUUUUGAAUAUUUCUUUAUUUUAAUAAAUUUUACCGUGUAAAAGACUUUAUAACUUUAAGAUGAACCAUUUUAAUUUUAUGAUAAUUUUAGUUAGUUUAUUAGCUUUAAGUUUAUUAAAUUCUGUCGAUUUUGUCUCAUGUCAAGAUCCAGCACCAGCACCAGCUCCAGGAACUCCAGCUCCAGGAACUCCUGCUCCUGCUCCAGCUCCAGAAACUCCAGCUCCUGCUCCUGCUGCUCCAGUAAUAAUACCUACCACUAUCGGAACUAUAACAAAGGAACCUGAUUUAUCAUCAGUACCACAAGGUCUUCUUGUGCCAAAAGGAAAUAAUUUUGCUUUCAUACUUAACGCGCGUGGAAAUCAAAAAUAUCAAUGUGUCUCCACUUCCAAACAAUGGUUACAUGUUGAUUCUGAAGCUAUGCUCAUCAACGACAAAAAUGAUAUACAACAACAUUUUGAUCCCGCUUUUGUAGUAGUACAACACAAUACAACCAAGACGCCUACUCAGGGUGGAAAUUAUACUUGGAAUUCCUUACUCCCAAGUGAUAAUAGCCAAGUAAUUGCUAAGGUCGUAAAUUCUGCUGAUUCCCCCCAAAGUACUAAUAAUGUACCUUGGGAAUUAAAUGUCGCCACAUUUAGGAGUGAUGCAGGUAGACUUAGCAAGAUAUCAUAUAUCCUUAAAAUAAAUACAAAUGGUGGUGCUGCCCCUCCUACGGAUCAAUGCGGGGUACAAUAUAUUGAUGGUUUUAUACAACCUGUUCAAUACGAAGCUGAUUAUUUGUUUUAUGAAGGUACUUUACCUGGUUCUGGUACACCUACUGAUCAACCUGCUAACCCUUCUGAAUCUGCUUCUUCGACAUCUACUUCUAAGACUAAUGAUGGUUAUUCUUCAAAACCAAUUGGUCCUGGAAAAUUGAGUUGGGUUGCCAUUGUUGGAUUUAUUUCUGUUGGUGUUAUAUCAUUCUAGAAAGUUAAUAUAAAUUAUAUAUAUAAUUUUCUCAAGAAAAUUAUUAAUUUAAGAAUCUGAUAAUACAUCAGUACCAGUUAAUAAAAUGAUUUAUUUCUCUUUUAGAGAUAAAUAG